CAAAAAUAAUUCCACUUCGUAUUCUAGCGCCAACAAACAGUCUUCCGGAUUUCUGCGCUCAACUAGUUUCCCGUGGGUGCCUUUAGACGUGUGUGCGCUUUCAUCGUGUGGUAUUUGGUGAUUUUUUUAGAAUCUGUUGAUAUAAGUGAUUGGAAAGUGACAUUUCGGAAGGUGCAUCAUGAGGAUCUUUUUGUUGGCGACCGUAUUUUGUGCGGUUUUUUGUUCAGUUCAUGCCGCUAUACCACUGAGCAGCAGACAAGAUGAUUUCGAUUAUCCAGCGGACAGCGAGGGUGAUGAAGACAUGCAAGGAGAUACUGAUACUGGAAACUACUACGAUGAUGAUAAAGAAGAGAAAAAUGUUGAGCCAAUUACUGAGAAGAAUAGAAAUCGCGUAGAAGAACCUGCGGUAAUUCUGACGCGGCCUUCUAUUUUCGAGAAUAACAUUGGAGAUUCCAUCGUUUUACCAUGCAAAACUCCAGGAAAUGACAGCGUUAUCAUUUGGUACAAGAACGACGACAUCCUGUUCCAAGAUGCUGUUACACUGCAUGCGAAAGCUAACCAUAAUCUUAAGAAAGACUCACUUGAAAUCAACAAUUUACAAAAAGAGGAUGCUGGUCAGUAUAGAUGCGUCUCUAUGGUUAGUGAACGGAAUAAGGCUGCAAUUACCCACGAAGUCAAGGUCAAAUAUUCCCCAAUCGUGACCGAAUUAUCUGUCAAGAAUAAUGAAACAACUCUGAAAGUUGGAGCUGAGCUUGUGCUGACAUGUCGCGCUAAAGGCUAUCCAGAACCUGUCAUUUCUUGGCACAAAGAAACAAUAAAAGAAGGAAGAACUGUCAACGAAAGAUUCGAUGCGACCGGAAACGUACUCACCAUUCCUAGUGUUACCCGUAGGGACGAGGGCCGUUAUCUUUGUUUUGCUGACAAUAAGAUUGGAAAACCAUCCCUUGAAUAUAUCAAUAUCACAUUGACACAUUUGCCAGUUGUUAGUAUCGAAGAGUUCAUCGUUAAUUCCGAUAAGGAAAUGGACACCGAACUGAAGUGCACAGUGAAAGCUAAGCCACGUGCUGAUGUUGUAUGGCUCAGAAAUGGAAUUGUUCUUCACUCCUCAAGCCACAUCAAAAUGAGUAAUCAAGACAAUGAACAUAUUCUAACUCUCAAAGGAUUGCGGGAAUCAGACUUUGGACAAUACGUAUGUUCAGCCAAUAACAGUCUAGGGGCUAUUGAGAAGUCUAUAAAUUUGGUAAAGACCCCCGCUAUUAGGGAAUUCAUCAAACCUGAGAGGCCAACCAAAGAUUUAGUUUUAACUUGGAAAGUUGAGUCGAAAGCUCCAAUCAUUGAACAUGAACUACAAUAUAGAAGAAAAGGAGAUUCAGAAUGGAGAAGUGUUAAGCCAACCGUACAUGGAACAGAUGAUGGUGUCUAUGUUAUCAAGUAUACCUUGAAAGAAUUAGACGAAGGAAGUUACGAGACUAGGUGCAGAUCUCGUAAUGAACAUGGAUGGUCGGAUUACACUGAAGUAACUUUGGUGGAAUUCGACAAGGCACAUCACAGCAAGCAUGGUAACAAAAAAGCCCAUAAACACAACAAAGACAAAUCUUCAGAUGUAGAGCAAUCACAGCAGCCGCAGAAGGAAUCAGAAAUAGGCGAAUCCAAAAAUCCAAGUUCUGCAAGCAGUACCACAGCUCCUCUUCUUCUGUGCAGCAUCUCUAUACUUUAUUUGUACUUCAGUAGGCUAUGAGGACCAAUGUGAAUUUUCCUGAAAAUUUAUCUUCCAUGUGCUUUGAAACAACACAUUUUAAAAACCAAAGUAUUUAACACCACCUUGAUGAUAGGGUGAUGAAAAACUGUUUUGUCUUUAUACAGACAAUGAUGUUUUUUCUGUUCAGUUCUUUUAUCAUAGAAAUUAUAGAAGUACUUAGAUUUCGAAUUUGAGUUGAAUCUAUCAUCUCUGUGAUCAGAAUUUGAAUUCAUUGUUGGAAUUGAAGAUUAUAAAAUUGUUAGGUUUAAAACAUUUUAAGAUUUUCCGUUUAUAGACUAUUUGAAUUGCCAUGGACUUGAAUAUCUGUAAAAAUGUUUGUACCUAUGUAUAUCCUAUUUUAGGUAACUCAUGAACUUAAUAGUUAAUAGUGAAAACUUAGUUUUUUAUUAGACUCACUGUUCUUGUGCGAUUUUCAAAUUCAGUUUUAUAUAGCUCUCAACUUUUAUGACUAUGGUGAAAUUGUUUAAAACGGAAAACAUUCUUCUUUUUCCUUAUUUUUGAUAUUUAUGAGUUACCCAUACUUAUUCUUAAUACAUCCUCAUUUCUCAUUCGAUCCACACAGGCUUAAUUAUAUGUAUAAUAAAUUUAUUUCUAGUCCCUGAUUGAAAAUGAAAAAAUAAUUCUUAAUUUUUUUUUAAAUUGAUAGCCUCCCAAAAUUGAAAUUUGUAUCCAUAUUAUCCAGGAACAUUUAACGAAAGGAAUAUUUUUUUAACUAUUUUGAUAGAAUGUUCCAAGAUAUAAUGUAUUUAUUAUUAAUCAGUUAAGGCUAGUUAGUUAUUAAUUGUAAAUAAUUUUGUUUAUUCGUGUGAUGUGACAUAUUUAUAUUUUACUAUUUCUCUUUUAAAUUGUAAUACUGAUAAUAUUAUUUUGGUACUAUAUUCCCCUGAGUUAUCUUAGGAACAAAUAGAACUGUAAGUACAAGUUCAGUAGGAAUUGACAAAUGAGUAUUGACAUGUUUAGAUUUAUUCAUUGUUUUUCGAAGAAAGAACACGUUUCAAACGAAUUUAUUCAUAUUUCAGUUUUUUUUCAUUGAAAUUUUAAAUAAUGAAAGACAUGCUUUAUGUGGAAUUAUUUAGAUAAUUCGAAAAUUAACUGAUCAGAUGCCUUAAACUCGACAUAAGACGCUGUAUGUAUUGUGUACUGUAUAAUAGCGAAAUGUGGACCAUGUACUAUACAUAUUAUGAGAAGUUGAAACAGUUCCAUUGUUCAUUAUGCAUUACAUAAUUCUUCCUGUAAAUGUAUGUAAAAAAAAGCUUACAAUAAAGAUACACCAUAUUCAA